GCCACCAUCCGAAUCGCCUUCCAACUCUAAGCUCUCGCUGACGGAAUCUAUCAUCAUGGCUGACACUCUCAAGUACGCCGACAAGAAGUUUGUCUUCCUGACCGACUUUGACGGCACCAUCACCCAGCUCGACUCCAACGACCACAUGGUCGACACGGUCGGCAUGGGCUACACGGAGCGCCGCAAGAUCAACGAGGAGAUCAUCCACGAGCGCGUCUCCUACCGCGAUGGCUUCCGCAAGAUGGUCGAGUCCGUCCACCGUCCCUUCAAGGAGAUGGAGGAGCUCGUCCGCCGCGACGUCACCCUCGACCCGGGCUUCAAGGAGUUCCACGCGUACGCAAAGGAGCACGACAUCCCCAUCAUUGUCGUCUCCAGCGGCAUGGUCCCCAUCAUCCGGAGCAUCUUCUCCAACCUCAUUGGCGAGGAGGAGGCCAACAAGAUCGACGUCGUUGCCAACGACGUCAAGUUCACCGACCCGGAGAAGGUCGGAAAGACGUGGGAGCUCGUCUACCGACACCCUGACAACCACUUUGGACACGACAAGAGCCUCUCGAUUCUGCCUUACCGCGAGCUCGAGAACCCACCGCUGCUCUUCUUCGCCGGCGAUGGCAUCUCCGACAUGUCUGCUGCGCGCCACGCUGAUGUCCUCUUCGUCAAGGACAAGAAGGACAACGACCUCAAGACGUACGUCGACAACCACAAGAUCCCCCACCGCAUGUUCAAGGACUGGACCGAGGUCAAGGACGUCGUCUCCAAGAUCAUCUCGGGCGAGAUUCCCAUCGACUCGGUCCGCAAGCCCAAGGUGCCCGUCAACUAGAAGGUGGAAAAAGAAUCAAGACCAGGAACAGUUUGUAGAUAGAAGGCCGCACACUUCGCUGCCAUGAAGAGGAGGCCCAAAACUUAGCCACAACUAAAUGAUUAUAAUUGUCAAGAGAGGUGAAGAUGCA